GCGUCGGGAUCUAGAAGGUGGUGCAAAAGGAAGACCAGAUUUCAUUCCUAAUCGUUCGGGGAGGUGGUCAGCUCUAGCAAGCGGAUUGGAGAAGGAUAUCCGAUCCGAGGCAACUUUUCUUUAUCUCUAGAUAAUCCUAUCACCGAAAUCAGCCACCCGGACUUUCCCUUCCCUCCUCUCUUCUUCCUCCCUCCUCCACUUUUUUUGUUCUGUUUUGCCCCCCACCAUCGGAUUUCUCCUCCUUUCCCCUCCUCAACUGCGUCUCCAGGUUCGCGUCCGGGAUCUUUCUUCCCAGGCUUACCUCCUGGGAGAAAGUCGCCGUCUCACUCUCUUUCCCUCUCUUUCUCUCUCCCCCACAGAAUGGUUUCAUGACCAUGGGGCACCUAAAGCAGCCAUUCGCGAUCCCGCUGUCGCCCGCCAUGCCCCUCCCGGAGUCCAACCCCUCCCUCCACGAUGAUUUCCUCCUUCCGAUGACUCCUCCAGAUCCCUCCGAAGUCCCGCUAAUGGGAGCCAAGGACACUGCGCCCGUGGCUUCAGCCCUGCAGGUUAUCGCGGCGGAGCGCGCCGCUCUGGCGCAUCUGGAGCACAUUUACCAGACCGAUCCGUUGGCUCAAGAUAACCUCGCGCGCGCGGUGGCUCAGAUCGUGCGCACCAUCAAGCAUGGCGGGAAAUUGGUCUGCUGCGGUGUCGGCAAGAGUGGCAAGAUUGCUCAGAAGCUGGAAGCCACCAUGAACAGCAUGGGGAUCUACAGUGCCUUUAUGCAUCCCACGGAAGCCUUGCACGGCGACCUGGGCAUGAUACGACCGCAUGAUACACUAUUGUUAAUAUCUUUUUCGGGCCGUACACCGGAGCUUCUGCUCAUGCUCCCUCACAUUCCUUCAACCGUCACGGUUAUCGCCGUUACUUCUCAUAUGGUCUCGUCGACUUGCCCUCUGCUAUCUUUCCACCCCUCGAACAUGGGGAUCCUCUUGCCGGCACCGAUCCACGAGGAUGAAGAGACCUCGAUCGGCGUAUGUGCCCCGACCUCGUCCACCACGGUAGCCCUAUCGCUGGGAGAUGCACUGGCUAUCGCUACGGCCCGGCGGCUACAUACAGCCCCUGGUAGAGGGCCGGCGGAGAUCUUCAAGGGCUUCCAUCCUGGCGGGGCUAUCGGCGCUGCGUCCAUGGCUUUGACGCCUAUGAGCAUGUCAUCCGCAUCAAGUUCUGCCGCCCCAUCAGACUAUAUUCCAGCCCAACAGACCAUGAACUCAUUCCCGCAGUCAGACGGCAAACCCAAUCAGCGUCCACUCGUCCGUGACAUGCUCGUGUCACUCGAUUCAAUUCCCAGGGUGUCUGCCUCGGGUAAAGUCCGUCUUCUGGACAUUCUCCUCACUGCAAUCCAGCACCCCAACGCCAAGUCAUGGGUUCAUCUCUCACCGUCCGAAAUCGUGCCCCCACGGCAUCUCCGCUUCGUCUCCCAGAGCAACUAUGUAGAUAUGCACGUUUCUGCCUUCACUGAACUGGGUCUACCUUUCGGCGUCUCCCGCAAGGACUGGUUCCGCCUUACGAGCUCGAGCACUAUCGAUGACGCGCGCCGGCUGGUCUCCGAGGCCGGUGCGUCCUCAGGCACCCCCGUGACCGUGGUAGCCGUCAUGGAAGAUACUAACCCCGACCACUGUCUCGGGGUCAUAGAAGCUGAGGAUUUAUGGAAUGAUUGUGAUGACUAAAAUAUAUUUAUAUCCCCUCCCCACUUUGAACCUUCUGAUGAUGUAUAUGAACUCAUGCCUGAUUUUUGUGUGUCCUUUUGCCUUUUGUCUU